GAUGUUGCUGUCAGUGGCGCCUCCGGCUCCCGGGAAGCUGAGAGUUUCCGCAGGGUGGCGGCUGCGGCGGCGGCGGCAGCGGCAGCAACUGCAACAGUAGCAACGAAGGCUGUGGGUCUGCAGCUGUGUUCCCAGUCGACGCUGCUCACGGUGAAGGUGACAUCUCCCUCCAGUUUCACAAAAUGUGUGUGGUAUGGUUACAAAGACCAGGACCUAAACUUCACAGAGAGCCCAGCCUGCUGUUCUGAUGCCGAAAGGGAGACAGAAAGUCCCACGCUUGGAUGCCCGCCUGGGCCUGCCUAUCUGCCUCUGUCUGGAAUUAGCCAUCUUCUUUCUGGUUCCCCAGGUCAUGGGCCUAACAGAGGCAGGUGGUCUUGACACCUUGGGUGCAGGGGGGCUAAGCUGGGCUGUACAUCUGGACAGCCUAGAAGGUGAGAGGAAGGAAGAGAGUCUGAUACAACAGGCAAAUGCUGUGGCCCAGGCAGCGGGGCUGGUGAAUGCUGGGCGCAUUGGAGAGCUCCAGGGGCACUACCUCUUUGUCCAGCCAGCUGGGCACGGGCAAGCCAUGGAGGCGGAGGCCAUGCGGCAACAGGCAGAGGCUGUGUUAGCCAAGCAUGAAGCUGUGCGCUGGCACUCAGAGCAGAGGCUGCUGAAGAGGGCCAAGCGCAGCAUCCACUUCAAUGAUCCCAAGUAUCCUCAACAGUGGCACCUGAAUAAUCGGCGGAGCCCAGGAAGAGACAUCAAUGUGACAGGUGUGUGGGAGAGAAAUGUAACUGGGCGAGGGGUGACGGUGGUGGUGGUGGACGACGGAGUGGAGCACACCGUCCAGGACAUUGCACCCAACUAUAGCCCAGAGGGAAGCUAUGACCUCAACUCUAAUGACCCAGAUCCUAUGCCCCACCCUGAUGAGGAGAACGGUAACCACCAUGGGACCCGGUGUGCAGGAGAAAUUGCAGCUGUGCCCAACAACAGCUUCUGUGCAGUAGGUGUGGCCUACGGGAGCCGAAUAGCAGGUAUCCGGGUGCUGGAUGGACCACUCACAGACAGUAUGGAAGCUGUGGCAUUCAACAAACACUAUCAGAUCAAUGACAUCUACAGCUGCAGCUGGGGCCCCGAUGAUGAUGGGAAGACAGUGGAUGGUCCUCAUCAGCUUGGGAAGGCUGCCUUACAACAUGGAGUGAUGGCUGGUCGCCAAGGCUUUGGAAGUAUCUUUGUGGUUGCCAGUGGUAAUGGUGGCCAGCACAAUGACAACUGCAACUAUGAUGGCUAUGCCAACUCCAUCUACACUGUCACCAUAGGAGCUGUGGAUGAGGAGGGACGGAUGCCUUUUUAUGCAGAGGAGUGUGCCUCCAUGCUGGCAGUCACCUUCAGUGGAGGAGACAAGAUGCUGCGGAGCAUUGUGACUACUGACUGGGACCUUCAGAAGGGCACUGGCUGCACUGAAGGCCACACAGGAACCUCAGCUGCAGCCCCUCUAGCAGCUGGCAUGAUAGCUCUCAUGCUGCAGGUGCGACCCUGCCUCACGUGGCGGGAUGUCCAGCACAUCAUUGUCUUCACAGCCACUCAGUAUGAAGAUCAUCGUGCAGACUGGCUCACCAAUGAGGCUGGAUUCAGCCACAGCCAUCAGCAUGGUUUCGGCCUGCUCAAUGCCUGGAGACUUGUCAAUGCAGCCAAGAUCUGGACGUCUGUCCCUUACUUAGCUUCCUAUGUCAGCCCCAUGCUGAAAGAAAAUAAGGCUGUUCCACGGUCCCCCCACUCUCUGGAGGUCCUAUGGAAUGUCAGCAGGACGGACCUGGAGAUGUCGGGGCUGAAGACCCUGGAACAUGUGGCGGUGACAGUCUCCAUCACUCACCCACGACGUGGCAGCUUAGAACUGAAACUGUUUUGUCCCAGUGGCAUGAUGUCUUUGAUCGGCGCGCCCCGCAGCAUGGACUCGGACCCUAACGGCUUCAAUGACUGGACAUUUUCCACUGUGCGGUGCUGGGGGGAAAGAGCAAGAGGAGUCUACAGACUGGUUAUCAGGGAUGUAGGAGAUGAGCCGCUCCAGGUGGGCAUCCUCCAGCAGUGGCAGCUGACGCUGUAUGGCUCCACGUGGAGUCCAGUAGACAUCAAGGACAGACAAAGUCUCUUAGAAAGUGCUAUGAGUGGAAAAUACCUGCAUGAUGACUUCACUCUGCCUUGCCCACCUGGACUGAAAAUUCCUGAGGAGGAUGGUUACAGCAUUACCCCUAACACACUCAAGACCCUUGUGCUGGUUGGCUGCUUCAGUGUCUUCUGGACCAUUUACUACAUGCUAGAAGUGUGCCUGAGCCAGAGGAGCAAGGCUUCCACCCAUGGCUGCAGGAGAGGAUGCUGCCCCUGGCCCCCACAAAGCCAAAACUCCAAGGAAGUGGGGACAGCACUAGAAUCAAUGCCACUGUGCAGCAGCAAGGACCUGGAUGGAGUGGAUUCAGAGCAUGGGGACUGCACAACUGCCUCUAGCUUGCUGGCCCCAGAGCUGCUGGGGGAAGCUGACUGGAAUCUGUCCCAGAACAGUAAGAGUGACCUGGAUUGUCCUCCCCACCAACCCCCAGACCUGCUGCAGGGGAAGGAUGGACAGAUCUGCUGACCCCAGAGCCCAGCUUCUUCCAUGUACAACAGGCUCUUCCUAAACUUGGUUAUGAGGCUUUCAAUCAUGGAUGCUCAGGAGAGAAUGGUCCUGAUAGUGACAUCUGCCACCCAAGGCCUCUGAAGCAUUCUCAGCCUUCUCAAGAGGGUGAGGGCCAUCUUCAUUAAGCGCAGUGGUAAGGGACUGGUGUUCAUGGCUCUAGCUGAGCUUUGCUGAGAGCCUUUCAACAAGGGGUUGGCGCCCAGGCCAGGCAGCCCUUGAUUUCAUCUCUCUCGGGCUAGUCACUGUCCUAGGCCAUCGGGACCUCCGCCCCUUCACAAGUUAUGCAGCAGGUGCCUGUAUACCUAGGAACACUCAACAGAAGUGCCGCUGUACCGAGGACCAGAGAGAGGCUGGCAAGAGCUUAGACAUGCCUACCCUGAAAGCAGCUGCCUUCAUUACCCUUUCCCGUGUGCCUGUUCUGAAGCCCGUACCUUCACUACCACUCGCCCUUCCUGCUGAAGGAAUGGUGGUGUGUUCCCAGGAAAACUGGGAGGCACAGGGUUCCCAGCAAGCACCCUUGCUGCCUCAUUGGGGAAGUUGGCCUGCUGGACUGCAGAGAGCUGAGACACAGUGUUUUCUAAGAUAGCAUGGGAGCCCCUGCCUAUGACCACCUGUCUUCCUCUGCAAAGUGCUCAGGGAAAUGGCCUUCAUUCCAGAGGCCAGCUGUCCGCCUGACUUUUCCUCCAUUCUUGGCCUUCUCCCCUUCCCAUCUUCGGAGCUAAUUGUUAAUAUGAAUUUUUUAAUGCUUAAGAUUUGAUUUUUACUUUUCAAAGCAACAUUUUGUUGAAUUUUUUUCUGCACAGCUUUCCAAAAUAAAAAGCAGAAGUAAAAAAAUCCAAA